GGAAAGAGGGAAGCCGCAGCCGCGUCGGGCCACCCCCGCCAGUCACUCAUCCUACGUCACCCCGCUCGCCCGCAAACGUGCCGCAGGAUGACGGCCCCGCCCCCUCAGAGGAGGGGGCGGCGAGCGUCACGCGCGGAGCAUGCUGGGACGAGCUUCGGAGCCUCCCGGCAGCCCCCGUCUGCGACGGGCGCGGUGCGUCAAGAGCUGGCUGGCCGGUGGCCGUUCUGGUAAGAUGGCGGACCGGCGGCGCCAGCGCGCUUCGCAGGACACCGAGGACGAAGAAUUCGGUGCUUCAGGCUCAGACAGUGGCGGCUCCCCAGCGCUGGGCGGAGGAAGCUGCAGCGGGAGCGCCGGAGGCGGUGGUAGCGGAUCUCUGCCUUCCCAACGCGGAAGCCGGGCUGGGGCCCUUCAUCUGCGACGGGUGGAGAGCGGGGGCCCCAAGAGCGCGGAGGAGUCGGAGUGUGAGAGUGAGGAUGGCAUCGAGGGCGAUGCUGUUCUCUCGGAUUAUGAAAGUGCAGAAGACUCAGAAGCUGAAGAAGGGGAAUAUAGUGAAGAAGAAAACUCCAAAGUAGACCUGAAAUCAGAAGCCAAUGAUGCUGCUAAUUCAUCAGCAAAAGAAGAGAAAGGAGAAGAAAAGCCUGAUACUAAAGGCACGGUGACUGGGGAGAGACAGAGUGGGGAUGGACAGGAGAGCACAGAACCUGUGGAGAACAAAGUGGGUAAAAAAGGCCCUAAACACUUGGAUGAUGAUGAAGAUCGGAAGAACCCAGCGUACAUACCCCGGAAAGGGCUCUUCUUUGAGCAUGAUCUUCGAGGGCAAACUCAGGAGGAGGAAGUCAGACCCAAGGGGCGUCAGCGAAAGCUAUGGAAGGAUGAAGGUCGUUGGGAACAUGACAAAUUCCGGGAAGAUGAACAGGCUCCAAAGUCCCGACAAGAACUCAUUGCCCUUUAUGGCUAUGACAUUCGCUCAGCUCAUAAUCCUGAUGACAUCAAACCCCGAAGAAUCAGAAAACCCAGGUUUGGAAGUCCUCCACAAAGAGAUCCAAAUUGGGUUGGUGAUCGACCAAACAAGUCUCAUCGUCACCAAGGUCCUGGGAGCACCCUACCACCAAGGACAUUUAUCAACAGAAAUGCUGCAGGUACUGGCCGAAUGUCUGCACCCAGGAAUUACCCUCGAUCUGGAGGCUUCAAGGAAGGCCGUGGUGGUUUUAGACCUAUGGAGACUGGCGGGCAGCAUGGUGGCCGGUCUGGCGAUGCUAUUAAACAUGAGACUAACUACCGAUCACGGCGCCUGGAACAAACUCCCAUGCGGGAUCCAUCUCCAGAAGCAGAUGUUCAAGUGCUCAACAGUCCUGAGAAGGAGGAAUCAGCCUCAGAGAUACCAGCUCCUGCUCCAGAUGUUGUCCCGCCAGCCCCUGACAGACCCAUUGAAAAGAAAUCAUAUUCACGGGCAAGAAGAACCAGAAUCAAAGCUGGAGAUGCAGUUAAAGUUGCAGAGGAGAUGCCUCCUCCACCUGAGGGGCUGACAUCAGCACCUUUAGUGACAGAAACUGCUCCUCCUCCACCUGCUAAGACUGGGAACUGGGAGACUCCAGUAGAUUCUACUACAGGUGGACUUGAGCAAGACGUGGCACAACUAAACAUAACAGAACAGAGUUGGAGUCCAGGGCAGCCUUCAUUCUUGCAACCCCGUGAGCUUCGGGGUAUGUCCAACCACAUACAUAUGGGAGCAGGACCUCCUCCUCAGUUUAACCGGAUGGAAGAAAUGGGUGUCCAGGGUGGGCGAGCCAAACGCUAUUCAUCCCAGAGGCAAAGACCUGUUCCAGAGCCCCCAGCCCCUCCUGUUCAUAUCAGUAUCAUGGAGGGGCAUUACUAUGAUCCACUGCAGUUCCAGGGACCAAUCUAUACCCAUGGUGACAGCCCUGCUCCACUGCCUCCUCAGGGCAUGAUUGUGCAGCCCGAAAUGCACCUUCCCCACCCAGGUUUACAUCCCCAUCAGACACCGGCAUCUCUGACCAAUCCAGGCCUCUAUCCCCCACCGGUGUCCAUGUCUCCAGGACAGCCACCACCUCAACAGUUGCUUGCUCCUACUUAUUUUUCUGCUCCGGGGGUCAUGAACUUUGGUAAUCCCAGUUACCCUUAUGCUCCAGGGACACUGCCUCCCCCACCACCGCCUCAUCUGUAUCCUAAUACACAGGCCCCAUCACAGGUGUAUGGAGGAGUGACCUACUAUAACCCCGCCCAGCAACAGGUGCAGCCAAAACCUUCCCCACCGCGGAGAACUUCCCAGCCAGUUACCAUCAAGCCCCCACCACCUGAGGUUGUAAGCAGGGGUUCCAGUUAAUAGGAGUUUCUGAAUAUUUUAACUCUAACAUAUAAAAAACAGCGGAGGUGAGAACCUGGGAGAGACAUACAGCUGGCUCUCUGCUACCAGGAAGUCUUCAAAGAUAGGUGACUCCUACCAGCAAGCAGUUGAAUGAGGAGCCUCCCUGCCUUCCUCUGAGGACAGUCUCUGUUGGAGAAAGGGAGAUAAGUGGACUUCCCAUCUCCACCCUACCUGAGUUGCAUGUGCUCAGAGGAGCACAUAUCCAGAGAGCCUGGGCUCCUGAGUUUACAUCUAGAAGCCCAUGACUCUAUGGUUCUUCUCUUCUGUUUCUAGGGAAGCUCCUUGCUAAUCGCUUAUUUUCUAAGAUGUUAAUUUUUUAAGCUUGGCUUGCUAUUCUUAAAGUAGUGUUAAUUUUGUUUCUCUCUCUCUCUAUGCCUUUAAAUGAGACAAGUUCAUUCUUCUGGCUUGUUUGCUUCUCUGGUUUCCCUUUUGGCUCUUUGCUGCAUCUGAGAUAAUUGACAGUGUACCAGCUAGUGUCCCCACCAAGUCUACAAAGAGUUGGUCUUUAUUGUAUAUUUGGGGCCUCUUAGUGCUUCUGACACUUUGAAAACAUGACUUUCUGAACAGAGUAAAUGUCUCAAACCCCAUCCUCUACAUAAUGUGCAGAAUGAGGAGAAAAACAGAAUUGAAGCCUUUCCUGUCCCCCUGUACUCUGGUAGGCUUCAGUCCUCUGCUGAGGGAAAAAUCUACAGCAAGAUGAGAUGGCAGACCAGAUCCUUUUAUGAGAAAGGGAGGAUGGAAUAAGAGCCUUUGCUGCUUAGGGGGAUAUGUGUUUACAUAGUCCUUGGGCUUAGUAAAGUGGGAUUUGAGGGUCCUGCUUCUCUUUCUCCCUUCUCCUGCCACACCCCCUUUCCAGUUGCUGUGGACCAAUAUGUUCCUCAAGAGCAAGCAGUUUACUCUGUUCUUUCCAGUUGCUCUUCUCCAUAUCUUUCCUGAUAACUUAGUGUUUUAGAUGUUAACUACCUUAUUUCCCCCAAAUUCUGCUUCUGUCCUUGCAAGCAGAAGAAAUACUGUACUUAAGUAUGAAGAAAUACUUCAGAUCUAAGCCCAGCCACUUGUAACAAGGGCUCUUCCCCUCUUUUAUCCCCCAUCCAUGACACUGAACCACCCUACUGCUGCCUCUGCAGAAAAGAUUCUUACUAUUGCAACAUGUUUAUCUGCUAGGGGUAAGUUGACCACUAUUUCUGUCUUUUGAUAGAAUUUGAGAGAGAAUGUGGUGGUUGUGUCUCUCCCCAAUUAAAGUCACUGUCUAUUUCUGUUGCUUCUCUAGCAGCUCACCUAUUCUUGAGUCUCACAUUUGGGGUGGGAAGAGGGAAAAGGCACUUAAAUUAUAACCCCAGGAGGAAAUAACCAAGAGAUUCUUCCAGGGGUAGCAGGUGAUUGUGCCUUUUGUAGGCUUUUCCCUUUGCCUUAAACCCGAAGAUGUCUCCUCAAGCCUGUGGGCAGCAUGCCCAGAUUCCCAGACCUUAAAGACACUGUGACAGUUGUCUCUGUGGUCCACUGUUUUGUUGUAAGAACUUUUAGUGUGUUGUUGUUGUUGUUGUUGUUACUGUUUUGAAGGGUGUUUAUUUGUGACCAGCAUUGUGACUUGGCGGUAAUAAAAUUUGAACUGUAGACUUGA